AUGUCCGCCACACUCAGCUCAUCGGAGGGAAGCAACGGUCUGAAGGACAACAAAUUAGCUAGACCAUCCACAUCGUCUUACCCUGGUCAGGGCAAUGAGAUCUCUGGUGUAUCAGGAUCCACAAGAUCGAGUGGCUCCUCAACCUUUGCUUCAUUCCCACAAAGCAGUGUCAUCAACACAGAUUCUGUUGGGGCAGGUGAUUCGGCUUUGAGUGUUAGUGAUACAGGCGGUGUGGCAACGCAGACAACCGAGAGACCUUCCACGAAUAACAGAUUGUCGCAAACUUCCCAAGCUCGUUCCCCGGUCCCAUCCACAAGUGGGAGCUCAUCACCAAAUGUGAACUCCAGAUCGAUGAGCGUCUCAAAUUUCAAUAAAACUGCAAACGCACCUACCGCAAUUUCCAACACCGCAGGACUUUCGGCAGCCGUCACAGUGACCACUCCUUCAUCUUGGAGUUUCACUUCCAAUCUUUCAAAGUCGACAGCUGCAGGCGAGGGAGUCUUCGAAGAAGCCUCUGGGCAACUUUGCCAAAAUGAUACCCGGCAAGCGAUACAUAGGGGAUCAAGAUUAUCACAAUUGGAUCCACUGCCCUCUGACUGUAAACCCAGAAACAAGACCACUGGCUCGAAUACACUUGCUGGACACGCAAUGAUAUCUAAUCAUACACAAAACAGCAAUGCGACAUCAGGACCCUCACGAGGCAGCCAAGAGUCGGGUACACAAAAUCUCACUAUUACGCCAAUAAGUGCUGAAGUGUUGGCGCAAAAUUCGAUACUGGGCGGUACAUUGCCCACGAAUUCCACGAGGGGUUUGAACGCGACCAAUGGCGGUGAUUGCGGUAAUGGCAAGCCUAAAUGCAUCUGGGGACUGAGGCCACAUUCUAUGCUUUCUAAUGCUUUUGGAGGCCGUGAUCAACAGGUAGCCGCUUGUUCCGGUGUCGUGAAUCUACCAACUCAAUUCCGGCGACUAGUCUUUGUCAUAAUGACCGUCACAGCCAGCGAAUUCAUCAGCAUGGGCGCCAUGACGAGUCCCACGCCCUCUCUUAUUCCUCCUGCUAUCCCGUGCGUUUUCAAUUCCGGAGGUAAUGGCACAAAAGGGAAUGUGUUUCAUGAGGCUUACCUGGACACGACUAGUACUUUACUUGCGACGAUCAAGCAACCCGUAGCUGCAAACGAUGAUGGAAUGAGAGGCUCGUACGGCAGCUUAGGACAGCAGGAUAGCAUUCCACAUCAAACAAAUGUCCCCGUGGGAGGCGGAGCGCAAAAAUUGAAAGCACCCGUCGAAUUUUUGUCGGCUGAUCCCAAAAAGCCUGCAAAUGGUGAUCCUGAUCCGGGGUUUAGUGGAUCUGCAGCUCCAGAUGCCACAGAUGGCACGACAUCUGGGGAUCAAUCCAGUAAUAACACCUCCAACGAAGUAGGAAGCAACGUCCUGGCUCAGCAACAGCCUGCGCAACAAGCGCAACCCUCCGAGUCACCAUCUCAGCAAUCUACAGAGAGUAGCCAGGGUGCCCAGCAGUUCACUAAUCAGUAUUUCAAUAAUGCCGCUACGGGAGCGCAAUCUGAUGGUCAAGGCGGCUCUACCCAGCAAGAUGCCUCGAGUCAAAAGCCAACGUCAGGGCAGCAGCCAGCGUCAGGGCAGCAGCCAGCGUCAGGGCAACAGCCAGCGUCUGGACAACAAGCACAACCAGUGCAACAGACCCCUGGACAAGCUACUACAGACAAUCAGUCUUCAGAGCAACAACCAGCUCAACAAGGAGCCACUGGGCAACAGCCGCCCGGGCCGCAAUCCUCGGGUGGUACUUCGUCUGAUCAGCAAUUCACAAAUACUUUCUUUGGCCAACCCGCUGCACCAAACAAUCCCACUCAAAGUAGCACUGGGCAGCAGCCUGCGAGUCAAGGCUCCGCAGCACAGCAAGCUUCAGGGCAAAGACCUGCCGCAGGGCAAGGUUCCUCUGAAAGUCCGUCAUCUGGUGAAACUCCUUCAGGUCAAACUUUCUCCAACCAAUACUUUGGCAACCCCGCCACUCAAGACAAUCAUGAUCAAGCAGGAAACUCUGCGCACUCGUCACCUGCUACUGUGCAGAAUCCAUCCGAGCAUUCAGUCGAUCAGCAGCCUUCGGAUCAGCAAUCUUCUGCAAAUUCAGCUGGUGGACAAGGCAGCUCGGCUGGGCAGACGAACAACGAGCAAUUUGCUAAUCAAUUUUUUGGGCAGUCCUCAUCUAAUGCAAAUUCGGGCGAGAGACCUGACACAAAAUCUGCAGGGCAGCAAUCGCCCGAACAGCAUACUACUGGGAGCGGGCCUACUGGUGGCUCGUCACAAGGUUUCUUUGGAGCCUCUCCGUCUAAUGCGGAUAUUGGUGAACACAAUAGUGCGAGCUCUCCGGCUGGGGGAGCGUCCCAGCAGCAGCAAUCUCAGAGUAACGGAGCUUCGGGGGGCUCAUCGCAAGGCCAGCAAUUUGCACAUGAUUUCCUCGGUCAAUCUGCGUCUUACAAUUCGAAUGGAGGCCGACCCGAUGGUGAAACUGGGAAUGGUAACUCGGGGAACCAAGGAUCUACGUUGAAUUCGCCGAAUCAGCAGUUCAAUGGUGAUAGCCUAAAGCCCCAGAAGGCCCCGACAGUCUCAACGAAUAUUGAUAAUAUACCGAUUCAGUUGAGUCCCGACAACGUGAAGAUAGGCGACCAAGUUUUUGAGCACGGUAACUCGCCCUCAUCUGCUGUUGUUAAUGGUCAAACCUUUAGCUGGAACUCUGAUACCUUUAGUGGCCCUUCAAUAUCUAUUCCCAUCCCGUCAGCUAACGCUAAAGCGCCUGCUGUGGUCAUUGGUGGCAAAAGUUUCAACGUGAACCCUUCGAACGUAGAGAUUGACGGUGCGACAAUACGAAGGCCACCCAGCUCGAAACCAUCGUCUUUUGACAUUGACGGCCAGAAGUUCACCCUUAAUCCUUCUCAGAUAAUAGCACCUGACGAAAAUAUUUCACUUCCUCCUACAAACAGGGCAUCACCAUUUGUAUAUAAAGGCCAGACUUUGUCGGCAGAUGGAUCGUACUUGUACGCUGGAUCGACAAGUAUACCUCUUUCUCCCUCCGGUGUCGUAACAUACGACGGUCAGAAGCUGACUGUCAAGCCCUCCGAAAUCAUCGCUCCAGACACCAAAAUCGCUCUCUCGCAGACACCAGGGUCAGACACCCUCAACUCACCAAAGGCCCUGACGACUGGUGGUCACACUUUUGCGAUCGGUCCAGGUGCAGCGGUUGUCGGCUCUCAUACACAUUCUUUUCUUCCCGGCAAUGCUCCUGAGACCUAUGAGGACCACGGCGAGAAGAUCACGGUUGGGCCCCAAGGUGUCAAUUUUGGCACUAUUAGCAUUCCAAUCCCUACAAACACCCCUGAUUACGAAGUGGAGAGUUACAACGGUGUGACUUUCUCGGUGGCUCCAUCAGAAGCCGUUGUUGGUGGUCUUCAUGUGCAAAAUCUCCAAUCUGGAAUGUCGCCUCUCACGACCAUCGUCAAUGGCCAAACGAUAAAGAUCGGUCCCCAAGGUAUCGGGUUUGGAAGCACAACCUUACCGUUACCAUCCCCUACUCCAAGCUACUCUAUAACGAUAGAGGGUAGCUUGACAUUAUCCUUGGCUCCAACGGAAGCCGUCAUUAAUGGACACACAUAUCAUGUCCCUCCCGGAACCCCAUCGACGACUGAGGUCAUUGAUGGGAGAACUGUUGGUAUUGGUCCCUCAGGUAUCCACGUUCAGGGUACAACCGUUGACCUCCCAUCGGUGGCGGCUGGCACAGCAAAUGGUAUUAGUUACUCCGUUGGUGCUACUGAAGCUGUCCUUGGAGGGACAGGCUAUCCUAUUGGCUCUAAUGCGCCAGAAAAGACAAUCGUAGUGGGCUCCGAGACGAUCAAACUUGGUACUGAGGGAGUCGUCCUACCAGAUAACACUCUUGGUAAUGGCCAAGUGAUACCGGGCACGACGAUCAGGCCCGGUCAAUUGCCGACCUUGUCGUCUACGUUCCAGAGCAUCACCACUUCAGCUGUGGAGACUCCUCAAGCGGGACCUGCUCCGACAACGACUUCUGCAGGUGGAGAUAACGCCGCCAUGGGUCGCUCUGAUGACUGCUCACUUGGUGGUGUUCUGUACAGCACUUUUAAUCCUUUAAGAGGUGACCUGGAAGAACCGCCUGUCUACGGCGAGAAAACUUGA